AUGGUAAUGGAAGCGACAAGAAGAAUGAGUUUCUCUGCUAAUCCUCUCUCGCUAACCACUGAAGCUAAACGUCCUACGGCUCUGUCGGCUCAGCUCGUCGCUGUCUUCUCUCUUCUAACAAUCAACCCUUUCUCGGACCUCGCAGCCGAUGAUUUCUCCGGAGAUACGCGGACAUGGACAACCAGUUUCUUCUGCGACUCUGACUCUUAUUCGUUCCCGUCGACUUCUCAUGAAGCUAGAAACAGAGUCCAUGAGAAUGUCAAGAGAUUCGCUAGGAACUACGCAACACUCUUCAUCCUCUUCUUCACUUACGAACUGUUUGAGAUGCCACUAGCGUUGCUAGGAUUUGUAACAAGCUAUGCCUUUUGGGAGCUGUUCAAAUUCUGCGUCGACAGAUGGGAAUCCAAUCGGCAUCCCUUGAUCAGAAAAAUCUUAAUCCGUGUAGCACUAUGUGGUAAGUAUCCAGUAGAUGUUUCUUUCUUGGUUCUUUGGUUUUGCAUAGUUAACCUUGUUGAUAUGGACCCUAAGAUGAUAUUUUUACUUAGUUGAGAUAUUCUCUUAAUUUGAUGUAAUUCUGGAUCGUUUAACAAAGUUCCUCGCUUUCGUUUUGCGGCA